AUACAAUACAGACAUCAUGUGACACGAUAUCAUACAGUGUGUCACCCAGUCUUGAAUGCACUCAAUCACGGCACCCACCCGACGAUGAGCCAUCAGACACAGAAGAGUUCUAGGCAAGCAGAAGCGGGGUAUGCUCAAGCAGCCGCCCCAUCGAUGGGCGGCUGCUUGACAAUUCCACGUCCCUGCCCGACUAGACCCCUUGUGUCGUCUGCAUGGUCUCGUGCACAUCAAUCCAUCCAUCCAUCCGUCCGUCCGUCCUUCCAGGCUUGAACCACGCAACGCAGAGAGGUCACGAAGUCAGGUCUUUCCAUCAGUCAGUUCUCGAGCUGCCUACCACGGUGGCUGUGCUGGUGCAGGUGAACCCACCGCUUCUGGCAGGUGCACCGUGCCAACAUUGCACUGGGUGGACAAACCGAGAGAGAACCAAUGGGUACAUACCGAUCACUGUCCCCUCCCGAACGCUCUGUGGAAGGCCUCGACAAUGUUGGUUGGGUGGGUGGGCGGCACCACCUCUGUGUCGGGCUCAAGCUCCAGCACCAGCUCGUUCCUGACCGCCGAACAUCCAUCCAGCCAUCCAUCCAUCCAUCAGAGAGUGGGCGCGUUGCCACCUUUGUGUGUGUGGAUGCGCACCUUCUGAAAGGUGCGAGCCAUGCGUCGUUUGGGUACCAGGCCCUGCUGCACUUGCCCUCCAGAUUGAAGCCCACCUUGACGUCCCACAUCCGCAGCCAAAACCUACCCAUCACACACACACACAUUUGUAUGAAUGCAUGUGUGCAGUGCAUGUGUGUCUGGUUGGUUGGUUGCCUACAAGGGUUUUCCCUCUCGGUUGCGCUUCACUUUGAGCCCCCUCUUCUGCACCGCAUAGAACAGGCCCCUCUUGAUGGAAUCCAGCGACCGGCUCUGACCACACACACACACACACACACACACAUGCACAGAUAUACACGGGCACUGGUGUGUCGCCCAUCCACGAGUCCCUCUCACUUGUGGGUCAGAGAUGCCGAAUGCCGCCGUGACUGCGAGUCUCCUCCUCGGCUGGAUGGAAUAACGCACCUUCUCGUCACGCAGGUAACGGCGCAAAGGCCGCACAUUGACGUCUGAACACAACACGUACACACGGAGAGGAUAACGGACGCAGGAGAGGCGUGUGUCGUGUCGGGUGGGUGUGAUGCAUGGCUACUUGCCUGGCGAUGGCAUUUGGUCGAUGUCGGUGCCGAAUGCCGAUGGCAGGGGGACCACCCAGGUGACGCGCCUGGCGUCCUGCUGCAGGGGGGUCGACAGAGAGAUGUUGGCCACGAUCUCGGGCUCAUCCUGCACCCAUCACCCACCCACCCACACACACACGGGCAUUGCAUCGAUCCAUGUGCGUCAACAGGUGGAUGGAUGGUUCUCACCACGUUGUACUGGUACUCCUGGUCCUUCUUGAUCUCGGUGAUAUACGACCUCCCCGGUGUCAUAACCACACGCCACGGCCUGCACACACACACACACACACCAGACAGACAGAAAGCAUCUCUCCCUCCCUCCCUCUCUCUCUGUGUACCCCACCUCUCCACUGUAUAAGGCUCCAGCAGCACCUCUGCAGGCGCCACAUUGACGAACGGCUCAGCGCGCAACCCUCGCUCCCACAACACAUGGGUGAAGAAGGCCCGAGGCAGCGAAUCGCACUGCCCCCCCUCCCGCCCCAGUGUCGGGUCAAGAAACUGCCCCUCCAGCACUGCCCGCGGCGGCACGUCGACGACGUCAAACACAAACCGCCUGUGGUGCACUCGGUGCGGCGGCAUCUCUGAUCUGGGGCCGCCUUUGGCGAGGGGGAUGUGCCAUGCCUCGAAGAUGCGCGGCCAAAUCUGCUCGUAGAAGGUGCGGAGGGGGGUGUAGGGCGAGGUGUCUUCGACACGAACGAUGCGGCCGGUGUUUUUGUUGACGGUGACGUUGGAUGAGACGUCGAUGGCCACACGGGGGUUGGAGAGAUACUGGCCCAGAAAGAAUAGAGGCGACGUGCCGGAAAAGAGGUAGCUCAGCUGGAUUGCCUGCUCGUCGCUGGCUGUGGUGGUCUCUGGCUCGAGUGUCUUGACCUCCAGGAGGGCCACGCGCGCGUCGCCCCAGUAGCUGCCGAGUUCCUUGAGCUUGCUGAACACGGCUGCGCGUGACGAGAGGGGGGAUGGCAGGAACUGUGGGAAGGUCCAUGACGCCGACUCGUCGAAGAGGUCAUCGACGUAUUGCGGCUCCCCGAUCAGACCGAAGUUGACUGCAUUCUCAAACUCCUUGGCCACACGCCAUCCUGACACAAGAAAAGAUGUGUGCAAGAUGUGUGUGUGCCCGUCCCUCCAUCCAUCUCUCCAGCUGUCUGUCUGUCUGUCUGCCUGUCUUUUCCUACCUGUGCACUGCGUGUUGCGGUUGAGUGUGGGGUCUUCUCUGUGGUCAUACCGCCAAGCCACCGGCGGCAGAGGGAUCCGUAUCAGCUUGUCGUUGAGCGGCAGGCCCUCGUUGGGGUCGCCCGAUGGCGUCGUGACGAAGGGCACCUCGUCAGGGUCAUAGUCCACCACCUCCGGCUCCGGCAGCUUCUCCUUCAGGAUGUCCUCGAGCGACACCACCGUCCCGUUGAUGUCAGGCAGGGUCACCAGCGACUUGGGCAGCUUGGCGCGGCUGAUGGCCUGCUGCUGCUCGGUGGCCGGGCUCCCCAUCUGCAGGCCAGUCCGCCGCCUCAGUGGCAGCCUGUGGGCCGCCCUGACCGGGUGAAAACCGACUCUCUGCUCCAGCAGCCGAAGGGCCGAGAUGGCGAGAGGCCAGCAGGAGAGGACGAAGCAGAUGAGAGAUGUGUGGGUCAUUGGCGUUGCAGCUGGCCUCCUCCCCCUUGCAGAGCAUCCUGGAGCGCUCGCAGCGUCGGGAGCAGCAUGAGCAUCACCAUGAGAUGGAGAUCUCGCCUCAGCGCUUCGACGCCUACACACAGCGGAGCCUCCCUCGUCGUGCUCCAUCCUCAGAUCCUCGCGGAAAGGAGG